AUUUUUUUUUUUUUUUUUUACUUCUGUGCUUGUAAUAUGUUAAUGUGAAGAGCAUUCGCUGUAAUGUUAGGAGUAUUAUAAGGUGAUUUCAUAACCACUGACUACCUGUGUUGUCUUGCGCACUUGGAUGUCAUGAGCAUCGAUUGCCUACCUAUUUUGUCAGAUACAUACUGUGCUUGUUUUGAAUAAGCAUGAACUAAUGUUGAACUGUAUGUGCACACAUACAUAUUUGUUAGCCUCAUAUUUAGGAAGACAGCAGUUCAGCAGUUCCUAUACUAUUAAUUAGUAGCGUACUGAUGACUUGCUACUGACUUGACAAGUCUGUUACCAAGGGUGGCAUUUCUACAUUGCAUCAACUUUACUCACCAUCAUCUGUAAAUUAUUACCAUUUUCUUUGGUUGUCACAUGUAAAUUGAGUCAUUUUUCUCAUGUCACUUGUAAAUUGUCAUUAUCUCGGCUAAUCACAUGUCACUUGUACAUUCCCUGUCAUUUGUAUAUUGCGUCAUGUAUCUUACUGCAUCACUUUAAAACUACGCUAUUUUCUGUAUGCUACAUGUAAAGUGUGUAAUUUUGUGUGCCACUUGUGAAAUAUGUCACCAUAAUCGUGACAGUGUCACUUUUCCAUGUGGUUUGACAAGGACUUUGCUCUCCUAGACUCUGCUUUCCCUAUUACCUUUGCCUCCUCAUUCCAGUCUUGGUGUUGUUCCUCGUACCUGAGUAAGGACUCAUCAGAACCUACCUGCUUUCUCCUUAAUCAAAUUAAAUAUUUCUACAAGGUGCUUACUUGUGGGACAGUCAUUCAGGUAAUCAGUUCCAGUGUUAUCGUGAAAGUGGAAGUUACAAGAACUUGCUAUUUCAGUAUGUUAGGCCAUGUGGUACAUGAAGUCCUUAGGAAUUUUCCCAGGUUACAGCCUAAGGGAGGAAGAGGUUAGAAGUUCGCAGGUAAAUACCCUGCUCGGGCCUUAAGCUUAUAAUUUUAGUUAGGUCCGUAUCUCAGGGAUACAGCUUCUUUCCUCCUCUUCUCUUAAAUGUUUUGUCCUGAGAGACAUGCCUUGCCAACAAUGACUUUUCCUACUAGGUUCUGAUAGUUGGGCCCUUUUCCAUUGAGGAAUGUGGUGGGUAGGACUUAAUUAUAUACUUCAUAUUUUGAAAAGUUUAAAAGUACUUGUUAAUCAUUAGACUUAGUGCAGGAACAGUUGAACCUCCAGAUUGUUUAGUUAAUGUAACAUUACAGUAUUAAGAGCCUCCACAUAUUAUAAGUCUAGUUUAAAGACUUAAAACAAGUUUCUUUUAAAGGGUAUUUACAAGUAUUUCAUAAAAUAUUUACCAUUUAAAUAUGUUUCACAUUAAAUAUUAGUUCUCAAAAGAAAUAUUUUUAUAGAUUUGGUCAGUGCCAGAUUUUGUAGUAAUAUAAUUUUUUAUGACAGUUGGGAUAACUGUACUGCACUUUGUUUCUCACUGUGAAACAUUUCAGUAAAGAGUUUAUUUCCCAGUAAAACGAGACAUGCCAUCAGACUUGCCUCAUCCUUGUUUUGUCUCCCUCUGCAGAAAAAGUUAGUACAUAUAUAUUGUAUCUAAAAUACUGAAAGGUUGAAUUCAACUUGAUCAAUGACCACUUUUUUGUUUUAUUAUUAUACAGGAGUUAUGUUUAAAAUGCACCUGUGAGUCAGACUGUUUACCCAGGAGGUGAUUAGUUCUGAAAGGCAACAGAUUUCAGCAGCUGAAGAAAACCACACUAGGGAAUCAUGGGAUGACCAAGUACUAGUCCAGACCAGACUGACUUGUUAAUUGAAUUGUUUACUUGUUAUAUUAUAUGAAUUUCAGUGUUAAUUCUUUGGCACUGUGAUGUAGCAGUGGUCUUUAGUUUGUAAGGAAAACUUGUGUAAAUAAACAUUAUUAUAUAAGAGUAUAUUACGUUAGCAGUGUUUUGUAUCCAUGACCAAUGAUCUCUUUUAUGUAGACGCUCCACAUUGGUCUGAACCUCAAUGGUUACUCUUGUCUAUGCAUGUAAAUAUUAGCUCUGUGAUAACUAAUGAUAUAUUAAGGUAACAACCACACAGCCUCAGUCUCCAACCACGACUGUACAUUCCGCGCAGUUCACUUCCACAUCAGCUGCUAACAACGCAAGUAUUGACAGCAGCAUUUCCAAGUGAUUCUUGCGAUAUGUUUCCCAUAUUUGACUGGUAGCACUACUGUCAGCCUUGACUGUGACAUCGUCUUCAAGUGCUGUAGUGUUGUUAACCAUCCUUGACACCUGGUGCUACUCUGACCCACACAACACUUACGCUGUUUACUACAUUUCAUAGCUGGUGCUUCUGCCAACUUUGAUUUUAACAGCAAUUCAGAGUACUUCUGAGGCUGUUAUCUGCUUUGAUAGUUGAUAGGACCAUCACUCUUUUUGUUUUAAUUUGUAAUGACGCGUGUUAUCUGUUGCUAGAUCCUGAUGCAUGGUUGCAGUGCAACCUUAAGUAUGGGUGCUUGUUGAGGAGUGAAUGUUGCUGAAUGUUGAGGUGAGUAAAUGUUCCUGAAUGUUGAGAUGAGUAAAUGUUCCUGAAUGUUGAGGUGAGUAUAUGUUUCUGAAUGCUGAAGUGAGUAAAUGUUCCUGAUUGUUAUGGUGAAUAAAUGUUCCUGAUUGUUACGGUGACAAAAUGUUCCUGAUUGUUAAGGUGAGUAAAUGUUCCUGAUUUUUAUUAAGGUGAGUAAAUGUUCCUGAUUCUCAAGGUGAGUAAAUGUUCCUAAUUAUUAAGGUGAGUAAAUGUUCCUGAUUGUUAGGGUGAGUAAAGGCACCACAAAAUCGUUACAUAUUCAGAGUUUGGCCAAUCAUAAGAUAUAAAAUUUUUUUUUUUCAGUUUGGCAAUGUAGUGUAAGUUUCUUAGUUUCAUUUAUAUGAUCUUCUGUUGACAAUAUUUUUUUAAAUAAUAACUCUUAGAUGUCCUACUCUGAUGCUCUCAGUACUUUUUCACGUUGUAUUUUUCCUGUGGCCUUACGUCACUCUCCCAUUUCGAUUACACGGCAUUAAUUUACUUUAAAUGUAUCACCUAGUUGUGGUUGCAUUGGUCGAGUCAUAGCUCCUGGCCCCGCCUCUUCUGUGUGUGUGUGUGUGUGUGUGUGUGUGUGUGUGUGUGUGUGUGUGUGUGUGUGGUGUCAAGCAUGGUUCAGCAGGCCUGCGCCCACAGUAGUGCAUCCAGGAUUUCAUUGUGUAGGGAAGGGGAGGGGGGUGAUUAAGAUACUGGAAACACCAAAGAAAUCGUCUUUAAUUUAAAAACAUGUAUAUGAAAUUUCUUGAACUAUCAUACUUUUGUGGUCACUACUGUAAAAAUUAAUAAUUAAUGGAAAAAUAUAUUGAAAGUAUUUGUCUCUGGGCUUCCUAAGUCUUCAUUCCACCCCUCCCUCCCUCCCUCCCCCUUCACCAAUGAUUGUCACGCGUCCUACAACAGUCAUCUUCUCUGUUAACAUCCUUUAUCCACGUGGCAGCUUGUGUAUAUCUUGCCUGCACUCCUCCCUACCCUGUACUGUGUAUGUCUUGCCUCCACUCCUCCCUACCCUGUACUGUGUAUAUCUUGCCUCCACUCCUCCCUACCCUGUACUGUGUAUAUCUUGCCUCCACUCCUCCCUACCCUGUACUGUGUAUAUCUUGCCUGCACUCCUCCCUACCCUGUACUGUGUAUGUCUUGCCUCCACUCCUCCCUACCCUGUACUGUGUAUGUCUUGCCUCCACUCCUCCCUACCCUGUACUGUGUAUAUCUUGCCUCCACUCCUCCCUACUCUGUACUGUGUAUAUAUUGCCUGCACUCCUCCCUACCCUGUACUGUGUAUGUCUGGCCUCCACUCCUCCCUACCCUGUACUGUGUAUGUCUGGCCUCCACUCCUCCCUACCCUGUACUGUGUAUGUCUGGCCUCCACUCCUCCCUACCCUGUACUGUGUAUGUCUUGCCUCCACUCCUCCCUACCCUGUACUGUGUAUAUCUUGCCUCCACUCCUCCCUACCCUGUACUGUGUAUAUCUUGCCUCCACUCCUCCCUACUCUGUACUGUGUAUAUAUUGCCUGCACUCCUCCCUACCCUGUACUGUGUAUGUCUGGCCUCCACUCCUCCCUACCCUGUACUGUGUAUAUCUUGCCUGCACUCCUCCCUACCCUGUACUGUGUAUAUCUUGCCUGCACUCCUCCCUACCCUGUACUGUGUAUAUCUUGCCUCCACUCCUCCCUACCCUGUACUGUGUAUAUCUUGCCUCCACUCCUCCCUACUCUGUACUGUGUAUAUAUUGCCUGCACUCCUCCCUACCCUGUACUGUGUAUGUCUGGCCUCCACUCCUCCCUACCCUGUACUGUGUAUAUCUGCUCCACUCCUCCUACUCUGACACAAAACCACAGUUCUCUCUUGAGGUGUGGCAUGUGAUGUCACCGGUUAUUGAUAUCUUGUCAGCCAUAUUGGACGUGAAACCGUAUGAACAACUACGUACACGUUCCGAACAUGUACGUGAGAUUUCUGUCACCUUAGUCUCUAUGAUGGUUACUGCUGCGCUGUUGUAG